AUGACAGAGGUUGUCCACCAUCACAGAUCGUCUUUGAAACAAAAAAACAAGUCGUUUAAGUCCAGACACGCCACAAAAAGCUCCUUGAAGGAGGCCUCAAAAGGUCGCGUUACACGCCAGUCUCCGAAAGCCGCACCCACCGCGAAUACUACCGCCCAGUCUCGCCUGAACAGGCGCAAUACGUCCAAGCAGGCACAGAUCAAAAAGCGCCAGGCUCUUGUAUCAGCGACCCGGAUAUUCAGCGGUGUCGAUGGUACGCCCCGGAUAGUGGCGAUCGUCCCCCUCACAGAGGAUGCCUCGUCGAAAAAAGUAGCCACUGCGCUCACUAGCGCCCUCGACUCGUCUGCGGACAUUUCGUCCGAAGAAGGGACUUGGAGAGUCAGGGCAGAGCGGUUCAAAACCUCUCUCCAAUUCAUACCCCUUCCAUACAAGCGGCUAUAUGCGGCUCUCGAUGCAUGCAAAGCGGCGGACUAUGUGGUAUUCGUCUUGUCUCCCAAUGUCGAAGUGGACGUAUGGGGGGACACGCUAUUACGCACACUGCAGGCGCAGGGUCUCCCACAGGCCGUGACUGUCGUCUCUUCCGACGCACCGAUGGAACCGAAGGAGAAGCCUGCGAUCCUGAAGUCGCUCCUGUCCUUCAUCCAGUACUUCGUGCCAGGCCAUUCGAGGGUUUUCGACAUCCACACAAGUGCUGACGCACUAAAUGCUGCGAGGACCCUCUGUGAAGGUAGACCGGCAGACGUAAAGUGGAGGGACGGACGGUCGUACAUUCUCACGGAGGAGGCCCAUUGGCAGGACGGCACGUUCAGCAUCACGGGCGUCGUUCGAGGCACUGCGCUCUCUGCCAAUCGUCUGAUACAUGUCCCAAAUUAUGGUGACUUCCAGAUUUCCAAAAUCAUGACUGCGUCGUUGCCCCGACAGUCGAGGGCUGGUAAUGCAGAGGGCAUGGAGAUAGAGCCCGCUGUGCUCGCUGAACCCGAUUCAUCUUCCGCAGACUCUCUGGUGUCUAGCAAUGACCCGGACGAUAUGGCGAAUGAACAGACGUGGCCAACUGAAGAGGAGAUAAGGAGUGCGCCGGCUAAUACCAACCCAUCCGAUCUUGGUCCAGACGCGAAAGAGGGGACGACGCCGAGGCGCGUGCGGAAGCUUCCUAAGGGGACAAGCGAGUAUCAGGCUGCGUGGAUCAUCGACGAGAGCGACGAUGAGGAAGGCGAAAAUGUGGAAAGCGACAAAGAGAAUGAUGAGACUGCGGUGGAGAACGCAGAAGAUGCGGAGAUGGUGGAGGUGGCUGAAGAGGAUCAUGAGAUGGAGUCAGAAAGUAGGAAGAGUGUCGCGUUCGAGGACUUGGAGGAGGAGGAGGAGGGCAGACAGCUCAAGUCUUGGAGGGACCGCAAACGCGAGGAAGAGGACGAUCUGGCGUUCCCGGACGAGAUUGACACGCCACUUGAUGUUCCUGCACGGACGCGGUUCGCACGAUACCGUGGUCUGCGGUCUUUCAGGACUAGUCCUUGGGAUCCAUACGAGAACUUGCCAAGAGACUAUGCCCGUAUAUUCCAAUUCGAGGAUUACAAGCGCACAGAACGGGCAGUAAGGAAACGCGGAGAGCAGGACCUAGCUGUGGUUGAGCCCGGGACUCGUGUGACUGUUUAUCUUAAGGACGUACCCGAAGGAGUCGUCCAACGCGACGGCAGUGCCCCUCUUGUUCUUUUUAGCUUGUUGCAACAUGAGCACAAGAAGACAGUUUUGAAUUUCACAGUUCAGCGAAAUACCGAGUAUGAUGACCCCGACCCCCUCAUUUUAUGCGUCGGACCUCGCCGAUUGCAAAUUAAUCCAAUAUAUAGUCAACAUACCCGUGGAGGUGGUAAAGGGGCGAACAAUGUCCAUAAGUUUGAACGCUAUUUGCGACACGGUGUAACCAGCGUGGCAACCAUCUACGCGCCUGUGGUGUUCGGGGCGCAACCUUACACUCAAAGCGUUGCAGCACCUCAUCUUGUCGCGAUGGGCACAUUCUUACACCCCGAUACCACGCGAAUCAUCGCGAAACGCAUCAUUUUGACAGGUCAUCCUUUCAAAGUGCACAAGAAGACCGCCACUGUGCGAUAUAUGUUUUUCAACGCAGAUGACGUGAACUACUUCAAGCCCAUUCAACUGCAUACAAAACAUGGACGAACGGGCCACAUCCGCGACUCCCUCGGCACGCAUGGUUAUUUCAAGGCGUAUUUUGAUGGUCCGAUAAACCAGAUGGAUACUAUAUGUAUGUCACUCUACAAACGUGUGUUUCCCAAGUGGAGCGAUAUUUGGAAAGAGCCGCCAACUUCGCCUGGCUCGGAUGCUAUGGAGGAGUGA